AUGAAGGUGCCGUGGCCUGAUGCCUUCGAGGAUGGAGACAUGCAGACGUUCUUGCAGGAUUUCGAGGAAGUCGCGGAGCCGGCUCGUAAGUUAAAGGCCCUCCGAGCGCGGGUGUUGCAUGCGGUGCGAAGAGGCCCGGAAAAGAUGAAGUGGGCCGCCGCGAAGGACGCCCUGAUCGUGGGUUUUGACACCCCGGCCGACCGACAGCGCGCGUUGCGGAGCUUCAGGACGGUGCAGCUCGGAGUCCACGUGAACCCCUUGUCGCAUGCCGCGGCCCUGCACACCCUGUUGAGUCGAGGGCUUCCAAUGUUGGAUGAUGUCGCGCUUUCUAACUUACUGCUCGAUUGCUUCAUGGAGAGCGUGCCAGAGGAAUAG